UCUUGACUUUUAUCAACUGAAAUCCUUUGACAAUCAGUUAUUUUUCGGACUUCAACCGAUGCUCACGAUGAAAAUUAUCUUGUAACUCUAUUUUGGCUUUCUUUUUUUUUUCCUAUUGAUUUCAAAACUUGUACGACUAAUAGUUAGUAUUGAGCAUCGGUUGGUUUGGAAUUCUAUAACACGGUAGACAUGUUUGUGAUGAAGAGAACCGUGGGCAAUAUGCCGUCCAUAAUAUUGUCCUGCAGCGCCUGGUCCAAUAAAUAUAUGCGGAAUGCUUCUAUGUCGAAAAGUGAAGAUGACUAUCCGAUGCUAAAAGUGAGGAAGGAUCUGAAGAAGAGAAAGAGCCCGGAUCCAACCAAAAGAAACCCCGAAGAUAUAUGCUGGAUGGCGAUGCGUCGCACCGAGUUCAAGUGUCGCUCCGAUCCAGAGUUCAAGGUUCAUAGUUUCAUCGAUGCCGGCAAGCUUUGUCUCGCGGAUCCCUGCUUCGAUAGAUAUCCGUCAGCAGAUGCCAUGUACUAUAGGCCUUCCGACAAGUUAAGCCGCAAAUAUCAAAGGACUUGGAAAGAAUGUAUUCUCAGUAAGCCCAAGAGAAAGCCCGUGUGUACGCAAAAGCCCAUCGUGUUUAAACGGCGACCCCGUAAAACCAUGACAUCGGGGUCAUGUGCUACCUCUGCGUCGGGCAGCCGGGACUUGGGGCUGGCAGAUUGUAAAAAAAAGGAAAUUCGGUCCUGCCCCAAGGUCCGGCUGCCCUUCUGCAAGCCAGCCCUAUCCGGUAAAUGUUACCCUGGACGAUCAAUGUCGAAGUGCAUCAGGCGUCGGACCAAGUACCCCUGCUUCUCGGACUGCGACAAAGAAAAAAGUCCAGAUGCGAAACGCGUCGAAUGCUUCUGCAUUCAGCCUGCACCCUCCAUGUGCGAGGUAUGGAAUCAUUUUAGAAUGAGAAAGUCGUAGAUUGUCCCCCGUGAUCGACUCAGUUUAGGGUCUUGUACUUGAAAAUCUGUACCACUAUAAAUCCAAAAUUCUUUCUUAAAUAAAAAAAAACAGCAAA